AUGUCAAUAAACCCAAUAACCACCCAACCAAUGUAUUUUAACCAGCAACAGCAGCAGCAACAGCAGCAGCAACAGCAGCAGCAACAGCAGCAGCAGCAGCAACAACAACAAUAUUUUACGAUAAAUAAUAAUGGUCACCAUGAGCAUAACAGAAAAGGACAACCUCAAAACAUCAGAGAUUGGAGCACCGGCCUAUGCGCAUGUUGUGAAGAUGUUAACGGAUGUCUUUACUGCUUCUUCUGCUACCCGUGCUUCUUGUGCUCAGUAGCGGCUAAAACCGACGAAUGUUGCUUGGGGCCGAUUUGCUGCUACCCAUGGUUCCUCUACAGCCUGAGAACCAAAGUGAGGGCACAGCACGGAAUUAAGGGCAGCGUAUGCAAGGACUGCGUGUGCAUGACAUUUUGUGAGAAAUGUGCCGCCCACCAACUCUACAGGGAGCUGAAGAACGUCGAUAAGUGA